AUGUCACGUGAGCCAUCUAUUAUAAAUAAUCCAUCAACAAGCGAACCAGAAACGCUGAAAGUGCUCGCAAAAGUGAUCCUACAGAACCAAUCGAACGAUGAAAUAAUCAGUGACGAUGAGGCACGACGACGUCGCGAACAACUCAAUCGACGACCAUCAUAUCGAAUGAUUCUAAAAGAUUUGGAGACAGUAGAUAAACAACUCAAAAAAGAGCCGGAUGAACAGAGCGUUGCUUCCGUGGUUAUUCAGCCAUCUGCAGAAUCAGUGGAAACAGUUCGAUCACAGAUGUCUCUAAGACAGGAUCCCAAUGCUCAGUUAUCGGAGCAACAAGCAAUCUCUUCUCGACUUGAACAAGUUCAAUACAUUACACCUUCCGGGUUGACACGUCUGCAUACAACGAAUGGCAAUCUAACACUGAAUUCAGCAACACUUACCAACAUGCAUAAUGUUGGAGCAGCAGGUAUGAUUGGACAGUAUUCACCAGUUGCUACUGUCGCAGCAGCGGCUGCAGCUGCAGCGGCUGCUGCGUCACGAGCAAGUACCAGUACAUCAAAAAAUGCACAGGAAUUAGGCCAGACGGCAGGAUCAUCAUCGGGACCAGUUCCAGGGAUGCUGCCAGUAAAUGCCGAAGUUUUGGGUCUCAAAACGAUGAGUGCUGGUGGUGAUGGUCAGCAGCAACAAUAUGUCCCAUCAAAUCAAGGAACUAGUCAAGAUUGGCAAUCUACUGUGAUCUCCGGUUACACAUCAUCUCCAUCACCGCUUGGUAUGGCUGGUGGCAGUCGAACAGCCACCGAAAGUGAUGAUAGCACACGGAAAAGACAAGUACGGCUGUUGAAGAACAGAGAAGCAGCAAAAGAAUGCAGGCGGAAGAAAAAGGAAUACGUCAAAUGUUUAGAAAAUCGUGUUGCUGUUUUGGAAAAUCAAAAUAAAGCAUUGAUUGAAGAGUUGAAGACGUUGAAGGAAUUGUAUUGCAGGAAAGAGAAAAGCGAAAUAUAA